GCGCCUCGGCCCGGCAGUUCUGCUGCGGCUGCGGCCUGCUCGACAUGCGGUGCCGAUCAGUGUGACGACGAGUGGCUCGCCCGGCGGACACCAAGACUCUCGCCCCAACAGCUAGCAGCACCCCCAGCACCAGCACCCCUCGCCGGGACCGUCAGCAGGAGCACAAAGCCGGGCAUGAGCGAGAGUUGUUAACAAUGACGGAAACUCGUGAGACUCCACUGAACAUGGACAAAAGCAACUCGAUGGCCCUGGAAAUGAGCAGCAGCGGCGGCGGCGGCGGUGGAGGCGGCGGCGGCGCGUGCGCCAAGCCCAAGAAGGACGACGACAUGCCCGAGAGGGGCUCGUGGGGCAGCAAGCUGGACUUCAUCCUGUCCGUGGUCGGCCUGGCCAUCGGCCUCGGAAACGUCUGGCGCUUCCCGUACCUGUGCUACAAGAAUGGCGGCGGCGCCUUCCUCAUCCCCUACUUCAUCGCCCUCUUCCUCGCCGGCAUCCCCAUGUUCUUCAUGGAACUCGCCCUCGGCCAGAUGCUCACCAUCGGAGGCCUCGGCGUCUUCAAAAUCGCCCCUAUUUUCAAGGGCAUUGGCUACGCGGCGGCCGUCAUGUCCUGCUGGAUGAACAUUUACUACAUUGUCAUCCUUGCGUGGGCCAUCUUUUACUUUUUCAUGUCCUUCCGCGCAGACUUGCCGUGGAGGACGUGCAGCAACUACUGGAACACCGACAAGUGCGUCAACCCGUACGAGCGGGACGAGCUUACCUGCUGGGACCAAUUCAACGGCACUUUCACCAACAGGUUCUGCAAGGUCGGCGCCCUCAACCUUUCCAUCCAUGAUUUCACCGACCCGGUCAAGGAGUUCUGGGAGCGGCGCGCGUUGCAAAUCUCGGAAGGCAUCGAACACGUUGGCACCAUCCGAUGGGAGCUGGCCGGCACGCUGCUGCUCGUCUGGAUCAUGUGCUACUUCUGCAUCUGGAAGGGCGUCAAAUGGACCGGAAAGGUGGUCUACUUCACGGCGCUGUUCCCGUACUUCCUGUUGACGAUCCUGCUGAUCCGUGGCAUCACGCUGCCGGGCGCCAUGGAGGGCAUCAAGUUCUACGUGAUGCCGAAUUUGUCCAAGCUGCGCGAGUCACAGGUGUGGAUCGACGCGGUCACCCAGAUCUUCUUCUCGUACGGUCUCGGCCUCGGCACGCUGGUUGCCCUCGGCAGCUACAACAAGUUCACCAACAACGUUUACAACGACGCUUUGAUAGUGUGCUGCGUAAAUUCAGGCACUAGCAUGUUUUCGGGCUUUGUCAUCUUCUCCGUCGUCGGGUUCAUGGCUCAUGAACAGCAGAAACCGGUCGGGGAGGUCGCCGCUUCAGGUCCAGGCUUAGCCUUUUUGGCGUACCCGUCAGCCGUGCUGCAGCUGCCUGGGUCACCGUUGUGGGCAGCACUGUUCUUCAUAAUGAUCCUAUUUAUUGGCUUGGACAGUCAGUUCUGCACGAUGGAGGGCUUCAUCACGGCCAUGGUGGACGAGUACCCAAAGCUGCUGCGCCGUCGCAAGGAGAUCUUCAUCGCCAUCGUCUGCAUUUUGUCCUACCUAGUUGGCCUCACCUGCAUCACCAACGGUGGUAUGUACGUGUUCCAACUGCUGGACUCGUACGCGGUCAGCGGCUUCUGUCUGCUGUUCCUCAUCUUCUUUGAGUGCAUCUCGAUCUCGUGGGCGUUUGGCGUGAACCGCUUCUACGACGGAAUCAGAGACAUGAUCGGCUACCACCCGUUCUUCUUCUGGAAGUUCUGCUGGGUCUUCACCACACCCAUCAUUUGCCUCGGUGUGUUCAUUUUCAACAUUAUCCAGUGGACCCCAGUCACGUACCUGGCCUACGAGUACCCUUGGUGGAGCCACGCGUUCGGCUGGUUCACCGCGCUUUCCUCAAUGCUCUGCAUCCCUGGAUACAUGGUCUGGCUCUGGUGCACUACUCCUGGCGAUUUCCAGACUAAAUUCACAAAGCUGGUGCGAAUAGAGGAGAGCGUGGAGCAGCUGCGGGCCAAAAUGCAGAACCCCGAAAUCGCCGCCCUGUAAGAAGUCAUCUCGCGCGCCAGCAGCGGGAUCGUUAAACUCCGUGAGGCGCGACGACGAAAAAAGAGAGAUGAGAAAAGGCAAAAAGAAAAGAAAAAUCAUUAAACGCUCGAAUCGAUUGUCUUCCAUAACUGCCAAACUCGUAUAUAUAUCAACAAGUACUGUAUAAUAUUUACACACAAGUCAGACAAACAAACAAACAAACAAACACAAAAGAAAAACACGCACUCUGCUGUUUUCGACAAGAAUUAUUCAAUCAACGGGAGGAACCAAUUUUAAGGAAUUUGGACGCAAUUUAAUAUAUAUACGUUAUAUAUACAAUACAAAUAUAUGGAUGUAUCUGUCUAACGCACACACAAAGUCUUUUCAAAGCUACUCUUAAGCGCGUGUUGCUGGAAAAGAAAGAAAGCAUAUUGUUGAAUGUCUUCCAUUUAUCUCGCUGCAUUUAAGAACGUGGAAACGCCGGGGGCGCUCGAUCUAUACUUUUAUUUUUUGAGUGUAAUUUGCAAGUCACUUAACACGUAAACUUUUAAAGGAAUCUUGUUCAUGACUUCAUGGAAAUACUUACGAUUAAAAUGUAUUUAAAACAAAAAAUCAAUACACACACACGCAUAUACUCUCUGCUAGUACUCACGUAAGUCUCGGUUAAUUAGCACGAAGCAUUUGAGGUUACGGGACGCAUUUUAUAAAUUAUCUUUUGUAACACUCCAAUAACGGCCACUAUAGGAGAAAUGGUGGAUUGCCGCUUACGCAUUAGUUAGUUGUUACGUUUCCCUUAAAUAUGUAUAAACACAAAAGCAAACGGAGCUAAUCAAUAUGGAGUUAUAUGUAAAGUAAACGCAACUAUAAUCAAUUAUGGCAUGUACCAACACAAAACGAGCUAGCAGUAUAUUGAGUGUUCAUCCAAGUAUAUCAAGAAAUGUUAGCUAGACACAAACACACAUACACACACACACACGUAACUCUGCAGAGGUUUAAUUAGUUAAUUUAUGUUGUCGUCUCAUCAGAAUGCACUAGUUUACAGUACAAUCAUUUUCGCCUGCUUGGUCAGCGCUGUUUUUUGUAGUCGAGUGAUUUAUGCUAAUGUUUAUUAUUAUAUUACCAUCAGAGGACAUUUUGGUAUUUAUAACUCAGUUUUUGCAUCGACAAAACCACUUUGUACCCACAACUAGCAAAUAAAAAUACUGUUUCUCUGGA